UCUAAUUCCUCCCUCCACCGUCAACAUUUUCCAGUGUCACUGUCAAGUCAGCACCAAUGGUCAAGCCUCCCUUGGAAACAAAGAACUCCCAACAAAUCCAUACAAAUUCCACGAACUCUCACUCCUUUAAUCAUCAAUUCCAAUCCCCACAUGCGCCCUUCCCACUUGCUUCCCAACAACACCAACACCCACAAACCUCAGACCCCAACUCCGCCACCACCGGCGGAGCUGCCUCCGCCUCACCCUUCCAUUUCCAUGGAGCUCGUACAGCCUUCGCACCCGCACCAUGGCCCGGUGGCGGAAUCCCUUUCUGGGUUCUCUUCUCCGGUGAGUUUCCGACGUGGGUUUGACCGGCCGGCGACUUCCUCCUCUCAGUCGCUUGAGAUUUUUGAAGAAGACGGUGGUGGUGGUGGUGACAAGGUGCACGUGGCGGUUGGGAAGUCUGUGGAGAAAGCUUUGAGCUUGCUUCGUUGGACUUUCAAGCACUUUGGGUGUAAAGAAAUUUGUCUUCUUCAUGUUCAUAAGCCUUCUCAGCACAUUCCAACUCUCUUAGGAAAACUGCCCGCAGGUCAGGCAAAUGCCGAGGUGGUGUCGGCUUUCAGGAGGGAGGAGAAGGAGCGGAAAAUGAAGCUGUUGCAAAAUUAUUUGAGGGCUUGCUCUAUUGCAAAGGUUAAAGCAAGCAUUGUUAUGGUUGAAGCUGAUGAAAUUCAGAAAGGAAUUGUAGAGUUGGUCAACAAAAAUGGUGUUAGGAAGCUUGUUAUGGGAGCUGUGCCAGAAAAUUGCCUGAAGGUGAAAAAGAGCUCCAGCAAGGCAAAUUAUGCAGCCAAAUGUGCUCCAUUGUUCUGUGAAAUAUGGUUUAUCAACAAAGGGAAACAUGUCUGGACGAGAGAUGCUUCAGAAGGCCAAAGUUUUCCAACCUCAUGUAGGCAACUGCAGGUUGCAUCUGCAGAAAGUUUGAGGUCUGGAUCGUUUGAAAAUAGAGAGAAUACGAACCUCCGUGAAGCAUCGCCAACUUUAGCUUGUCCUACAGAUACGUGCUUACCCUACAAUAUUCAUACUUCAACUAGUACAAGUACUAGCUCUGGUUCUGGAUAUAUUUCUGCUGAGGUAAGGAUGUCCUCAGAUUCUGAUUUAACCGUUGAGGAACAGAGCUUAUAUCGUAUGCUUACGGAAGCUACAACAGAAGCUGAGACCUCAAAGGACAAGGCAUUUGCAGAGCUAUCGAAGUGCAAAAGUUUAGAAUCAGAAGCUAUGAAUGCUAUAAACAAGGCCAAGGCAUUUGAGUUAGCCCGUGCCCGAGAAGUUAAGCUUAGAAAAGAGGCUGGGGAUGCCCUGAGAACCACGAUCGAGGAAGAACAAAAACUCUUGGAAGAGAAGGAAGAAAUUAGUGGUGAGAUAAGGAGGGCCAUGAGAAAUAUUGCCCUUCUAGACGUCCGAGCACAGGAAGCAAGUCGAAGGGUUGAUGAAGUUUCUGGGGAAGUGAAGCAAAUUCAGGCUUCGAUUGCAACUCUUUGGCAGGAAAAACAGGGUAUUCAAAGACAGAAGAUGGAAGCCCUUCGCUGGAUUGAGCGGUGGAGAAAUCAUCGACAAGCUGGAGCCGCAAACUGCAACGGGCUCAUUGGGUUUGUUGAAGAACUGCCCAAGUUAGCGGAAUUCUCAUUGUCAGAUUUGCAGACUGCAACAUGCAAUUUUUCUGAGAGCUUUAAAAUCGGGCAGGGAGGAUAUGGUUGUGUUUAUAAGGGGGAAAUGCUGGGCAGAACUGUUGCCAUAAGGAAGUUGCAUCCACAUAACAUGCAAGAACAAGCCGAGUUUCAGCAAGAGGUGCAAGUUCUUGGAAAAUUACAGCAUCGUCAUCUUGUGACCUUGCUUGGUGUGUGUCCAGAAGCAUGGUCGCUUGUAUACGAGUACUUAUCAAACGGGAGCCUGCAAGACCAUCUUUUUAGGAAAAGCAAUAUAUCUCCAAUGACAUGGAAGACCCGAACACGGAUAAUUGCUGAAAUCUCUAGUGCCCUUUGCUUCUUGCACUCAUCUAAACCUGAGAAGAUUGUCCAUGGUGAUUUGAAGCCGCAAAACAUACUACUAGAUUCUGAACUCAGAUGCAAGAUCUGUGAUUUCGGGAUUUGCAGGCUGGUAACUGAAGACAAUCUUUACACACGAAGUUUCCGCCGGGGGGCUGAGCCAAAGGGUGCUUUUCCUUACACAGAUCCAGAGGUGCAGAGAAUCGGAGUCCUGACGCACAAGUCUGAUAUUUAUUCCUUUGGGUUGAUCAUUCUGCAGUUAGUCACCAGACGGCCGCCAGUUGGCUUAGCUGGUGAGGUGCGCAAGGCAGUUUUAGGUGGAAACUUGGCAUCAAUCCUGGAUUCUUCCGCUGGAGAAUGGCCUAUAUCUGUGGCAACACGAUUGGUAGAUCUUGGUUUGCAAUGCUGUGAAUUGAAUAGUAGGGAAAGACCAGAGCUUACACCAGCUUUAGUGAGGGAAUUGGAGCAGUUGCAUGCCUCGGAAGAGCGACCAGUGCCAUCUUUUUUCUUGUGUCCGAUCCUUCAGGAAAUAAUGCAUGACCCUCAGUUGGCAGCUGAUGGCUUCACUUACGAAGGUGAAGCUUUGCGUGGAUGGUUACAAAAUUGUCGCGAAACUUCUCCAAUGACCAAUUUGAAAUUGAGUCACUUGCAUCUCACUCCUAACCACGCCCUACGGCUUGCUAUUCAAGAUUGGCUUUGCAAGACUUGAAAUCUCAGUCCUUUCAUGUAAGUAUGUCGUCGCUAUGUCAUUCAUUCGGACAUUCACACGUGUAGAUUUUCGUUGUAACGAUUGUAUAUCAUGCAAUGAUAGGGAAAGUGCUUGUUUUAUAAAAGCUACCAAAAUUUGAAAGCAUUGUAAAGUUAACGAGAUACAAUUACACUAUUGAAAUAGCCAGAUUAGUUUUCUAA